AUGAUGACAGACGGAGCUGCUUCCUUGCAACGGAAGCAAGGGGCAUGUCUGCGCUGUAAGCGGUUGAAGCGCAAGUGUGACCAGAAGCAGCCACAGUGCACUCAGUGCAAGAAGAAGCACCGGGAAUGUAGUCUGCAGGUGUUUCGCGUCAAUACUGUCCAGGAUUCGUCGUUACUGAUCAAGAGACCACGGCAACAACGUAAUAGAGCUACAGACAGCAGUUCAGAAAAAUCACCCGAUGCAGCGUUGAGUUACUUGGAAGACAUUUACGAGUCUUCUGAGCUACCACCUGACCCAGAUUGUUCCCUCCAGGGGGAUGGACCAAGCAUCGCCUCGAUUCAUACCAAAUCACCCCUACUUUCUGAAUCUGAAGCAUCAGAGUCGAGUUUGACAAAGUCAUCGCACAAUUCACAUCGAGACAGUCAUGGAAGCCCUGGCUCAUGCAUUGAGGUUCCAGACUUCAUAAACCAGUCUAUGUCAAUCCUAUCUCCUCAAUAUUCCAUUCAAGCACCGCUCAGCUCUGGUUUAAGCAGAGAUAUAGUUGAGUCGCCAGUCAGACGCUUAUUGUGGGACUACUUCGUCAAUCGAGCGUCUCAGGUGUUUCUCUGUUGGGACCCAAAUGAUGCAAAACUAGACAAGGCAUACCGCGAUCCAUAUACAGAUAAUCUUCCCGUGCUGGCUGUUCAUAGUCGACCUAUGAUGUUGGCGUGUCUCGCCUUGUCGGCCUUUCACUCAGCUGGUGGUGGCCGCAGUCGUGAAGACUUAUCCCUCAUAACUUCAUUAAUGUUGGAAGCUGCAAAUGAACUUGCUGCUUCGCGCUGGCAGGGACCCCAGACAUUUGAACGACUUCUCGGCACCGUCGGUGCGGCUUCUUUGCUUUAUCUACUCAAGCCAAGCAUGUAUGCCGACAUGUUAGCACUCAGCAGGAGUGCAGCUUUGUGUCUUGCGAGUGCCCCCAGCUACAAAGCAACGCCGCCGUUGUAUCAAGUCAUUAUGCAGAUAUUCAGAUGGUCUGACAUAUGCUCACAAUGUUCCUUGAAGCGAUACGUAUCCAUUCCCAAUGAGCCAACCCAGCUUUUACUUGAGCUCAAGGACAAUGAAAGAGCAUCAAACCUAUCACCCUCUUACGCUGACUGGGUUGUUCACCCACUGUAUGCGUUUCCAGAAGAGCUCAUUGCUCCGUUGAGGCGAGUUGCUUGGCUAGUCAGGCUUCGGCAGCAAGGCUGUGUCAUGACAGCCUCCGACACAACUGUUGAUCUACCUGCUCCUACUACUACUAGGGUGUUGCAACUAAACAGCACAACUACAAACCAACCUUAUCACCAACGGCGCCAGAUCUCCGCACAGAUAUCCAGCGUCUCGCCAUUGCAAUGGACUCUGCAAUCAUCAUACUUCUUCUAA